CUUCACACAGUGUCCAGAUAGGAGACAAAUAUGACAUUGUGGCAAUGAAACUAAAAUGUCAGAUAAACCUUUCGCCAGCAAUUCCAGUAAAAAUUUCGAUGUUUUGUCCUCCGGAUCGGCGAAAUUCCCAUCUACCCCUAAACCUCCAGUUCAAGUCCCGUCCGCUAAUUUUUCAUGCUGCAGAAUCUGCCAAACGGUUGCAUCUGGAGAACCGCUCAUUUCACCUUGCAAUUGUAAGGGAACCCUGGCCUACAUCCAUCUGAGCUGUUUGGAACGCUGGCUCAACCAGUCUGGCAGGAAUUUUUGCGAAUUGUGCAACUUUAGAUAUGAUGCGAUAGAGACCCAGAGAUACAGCUUGUGCCAAAGCAUCAGACUGUGGAUUUGCCAUCCACGAAACCGACGUCACAUUCGCUCAGAUUUCAUAAUUGGGGUGCUGCUCACUCUGGUUACAUCGGGGUUAUUAUUCAUUUGCAUCUAUGGGAUGGAAUAUUUCGCGAUCCAAGCAGAGAAAGUCGGCGUUGAAAAAUCUUGGAUCAAAUUCAGCCUGAUUUCGUUCUUGAUCAUUAUUUUACUAGGGUAUCUGGUAUCGAUUUAUCUACUGCUCAGGGAUCACUAUGUGCCCUGGUACACUUGGUGGACUAGAACGGUGAACAUACGACUGCAAAUUCCUUGUAGAAGAACACAAAUUGUACAACCGCAAGUUAUGUAAAUGAGCAUGUGCCUUAUAAUAAAUGUACACUAUAUUUUAA